UAGAGGCUUACGAGACGUUGCUGAAAAUAAUGGCUGCUAGAGACAGUUUCUAAACAAUCAAAGAGUUCCAGAGCAACCAGAAAUAUUUUUUUCUCCUGGUGCUGCUUUUCUCAGCAUACUGAAUGAUUCUGAAAUCUUGGCAUCAAAAUGGGUAAUGAAAAUAGCAGCCCAGAAAAUCAGGAUCUUCCUCCAGUUUCUGUUCCAGAAUCAGAUCAGCCAACUGGUAACGAGACAGAAAGAAAAAAGAAAAAACAGAGGAAAGGGGGUGCGAGCAGACCUACUGGACAAGAGAAUGUGGGUCUCCCACCAUUAGAGUCUGCUGUUUUAUCAGCACUACCAGAUAACAUCUCUACCUGUGCUGCCCAAGAUACAAGGCUUGAAGUAAAGGAAGACUCAGGGUUCCAUACCCCAAUCACUAGCAGCCAUAGUAAUGAAGUUCUCUGUAGCAAUGCUGCUGAAGAAUCACCCAGUGCAAACCUACUUGCAGCAUCAGCAGAGGUGACGGCAUCAGAUAACAUCCUGCAUGAACAAGAAGAAAAAGUCCGGUCUGAUUUCUUGGAAUGGGCUGAAGAAACGAAAGACAGAAGGCAGCCUGUCUUGAUGGCUUUUGCAGAAUGUGCUCUGGAAUCUGCUGCAGGGAGUCUUGCAGGUGGCCAAGGCGGGUUGCCUGCACUGCUGUUUGGGCCAGACUCUGUGAAUGACAAAGAAACUGGAUCUAUUUUUGCUCCAUCUAUGGACAGUGACUCAGAAGCUGGCCAGACUACCACCACUCCUGAUAAACAGGACAAGGGAGAUGCAGGUCAUUCUGGCUUGGAAUGUAGUCCCCCUUCAGAUGCUGCUUCAGUUCCAGGAGCUAGAGUUGCACAUCCCAAUUUAAGUGGAUUAGGACCAUUACAACAGAGUGAACAGCUGAGCGACAAGAGGGAGACACAUGUCAUCCCAUUACCCGAGAGCAAAGGAGGGGGAGAUAAAAUGAGCACUCAAGAGACUAGCUGCAAGGCAGGAUUUUUGGAGGUGGGUCAUGAGGAACUAGCUGUAAUGAAGUUAGGUGAACAGAACACAGAUGGUGCAGACAGCCUGGUAAUGAAAAAGGAAACCUUAAUCUCAAAUUAUCCCACAACAGGAGGUUCAGACAUUGAAAAAUAUGGAGCAGUUGCUGAUGGACUGAGUUUUGUUGCAUUCGCUGCCACUAUUGAUGAAUGCAAUAAAGAUGCAGCAACAAACAAAGGAGAUGAGCUCUGCCAAAUUUUCCCUGAGAAGAACAGGGAGCAGUCCGCAUCCUGUCCUGUUAUACCCAAUUUGUCUGUUAACACUUCAAAUCUGUUACUGAUACCCACGGCAAAAGAAAAUACUAGGGAUUCUCAGACUGGAAAUAAAUGCUCAGAUAAAGUCAUCAACAAAGAACCAGCAACUCCAUUUGUUACUGAAAAAGAAAAUCACUGCAUUGAUUCGCUAGUGACCCCACAGCCUUCCAGGGUGUCUUUCAUGCCUGAGGAAUAUGAUGGAGAAAAAGCAAGUCCUGCAUCUCAGCACAAAGUAGACCAAGCUGGCAGCAAUAAAAGCGUGAAAACUGAAUGUGAGAGUGGAGAGACCCUUAUUGUGCAUGACCCGGAAAAUCUUGCAAAUGUUAUCAAGGAAAAUCCUGAAAUGGAUCAAAGAUUUUCACUAGAGGGAAGUCCAACAGACUUUACCAGUGAGAGUAUGCUUGCUGAGCUCAUUAAAGUAGAAAAUACAGUACCUGAAGAAAACAAAGACAUUUCUUUAGGAGGGGAUAAAAGUCAGGAAAGUCCCGUUUUAACAAGUCCUAUUGUACCUGAAGGGGUGAACAGUUCCCAGGAGACAGAGCUAACUGCUGAUGUUAACAAAAGACAGAAUAGUUUGGAUGCUAACUGGGAUGAUCAUUUAAGAUCUAUAUUAAACAGUGUAAAAAGUGAUGCCAGUGACAAAGCUUUGGGAAAAAAACUCUAUUCAGAAUAUAAUUUGAAUGCUCCUAAUGAUCAUUUACCUGAAUCAAGUCAGGGAUCAAAGACGGAGAAAGCAGCCACAUAUCAGAGACAGGGUAACAGUAGCUUUGUGCCUAUUGAAGCAAUAGAUUUACCCGGAGAAAAACACCCACAGAGUUGUGUUUUUUUUAAUCUCAAUCCAGAAAACUUGCCAGCCUGUAAAAUGGCCGAGAAAGUUUGUUUAGCAAAUGUGCAUGGUUCGCUGCUGCUACACUCUGAGAAUAAUACUGUUAAGCAGAAUAAACGAGAUGGCUCCGGGGAACACACAAAAGCUAUAAAAACUAUAUGGGAGGCUGAAGGCAAAGUUAUGCAGGAACUAACCUGUGAAGGCAGUGCAGCAUUUGAAGAAAAAGUAUCCAUCCUUGAGCAUCAGGGCUUAAAUGAAUGGGCAGGAUUUGCUGAAUCUGCUAAAUCAGAAAAAACAGAGAUCCAGGAACACACAUCCCUUUUGGAAAGGGAAAAACAAACAGCAGGCAGUGAGGCUGACUCUGUACCUGUGCCUGUUGCUGAACUAAGCUCUGCUGUGGAUAUAAAAGAAAGUAAUGAAACUGGACAGAAUGAAUAUUGGAUAGAAUAUGAAGGCCAGGUAAAUGCCACGGCUUUAGCACAGGAACCUGAAAGCAAAGCGGACUCCCUACAGCAACUUCAGCAGGAACAAAUGACAAAAGAAAAUGACCAAAGUUUGAAUGAGGAUUGUUCUGGCAGCCUGCUUAUUUCAGCAGGUGUUAUGGAGGCUGGUUUUCAGCAACUAAAGUUGAAUUCUGAAGACUUGCAUGAUGAAAGCAUAAGGGAGCAUAAUUAUCCUCCAAAGAUCAGUGACAAUGAAAUUUUCUUAGAAGCUCUUCAAAGUAAAGAUGUCCAACAGCCUGUAACGAUUUUGAUACCAUCUCCACAAGUGGAACAAGAAGAAAGUCCAGAACCCCUUGUCUCUGCCUGCAGUAACCAACAACACAUUUCAAGCUCAGAACUAAAAAAUGAUAAUAGUAACACAAUUACAAGUCUUGACGAUCAACAGCUUAACAAUGUCUGUCCCCAAAACAAACACUUAAUGGAAUUAAAUGAAUGCAGCAACCCUCAGGAGCAAUGUGACAGUGAAAUGUCAGUAGUUGCAGAUAUUCCACCCCUACUCCAAACAGCACUUUGUGAGACAGAGAGAGAACCAAAGGCAUCUAAAAAUUUGAGAGAUUCUCUGCAAGAUAGCAACCAGCAAACUCCAACAAACCUAAAAGAGGGAGAAAGUUGUCCCAGGGAAGAAAUCAUAAGCAAGUUGAAGCAGGAUGAUUCUAAUACAUUGACUUCAGACUCUCUUCAUGAAGAAGCAAGUCUGGAUGAUGCAUGUGCUAAAGAAUCUGUCAUAAACGAGCAGUCGGGUGAUUUAUGUGGAAUGGCAGACGACAACGUUAAAAGCAACACUGGUAUUACAGAAUGCAUUCCAGCAGCACAGAAUACAGACCCUGCUAAUGCUGCACCACAGACUCUGCCAAUAGAUCUUAAAAUAACUCAUGCUGGUGCUGAUUCUGAGAGGAAUAGAACUGAUCAUAACCUGCAUAGUAAUCAAACAGAAUUGGUAGGGGGAAAUUCAGCUACUGAAAUAAAAGAGAAUCUGAAUUUAGUUGAUGCAAUAAUCCUAAACAAUGAACAUGGAAAAAUAACUUUUGAAAAGGACUUUAUGCUCGUAGCUGAUGAAGUCACAGAACCACAGGAAUAUCAUCCUCCUCUAUUACCUGAACAUACAGAAACGCCUGCCAGCAAUACUUUGACUAAAAUGGACAGUAUCCAAAAGACUGAGUGUUUACCUAAUGGAUCUGAAGCAGAACAAACAGCUCUUUCUGCAUCAGCAUUUUCUACAACAGACCUCUGUGAACAGCAUAUGGCAAGCCAACAACCUGCAGACUGUUUGAAUGAUGGCAUUGUGGGUGGGCUACAAAAAGAUGAGUUGGAGGUUGCAGCUUGCCAAAAUGUCUUAGGUACUGGUCUUGAUUUGCAUAUUUCUGCUGCUGAGGUUAUACGGGAAGAUGAUAAUUCUGCAGAGAAAAGCACAGUAGAUCAAAGGGAUUCUGGAGUACUACAUUCAAACAACAUUCCUUCAGAGACAGUCCCAGGGAAAGAAUCUGGGAUUCCUAACCAAGGUUUCCCUUCAGAAGAGAAUAUCAUGACCUUACAAGGCUCUGCUGAGGCAGGCCAGUUUGAAGGAAGUUUGUCACCAUUUAAUUUCGAGAAGCUGCAGACAGAGAUCUCUGCAAUUAGGACGAAAGGAGUGAAAAGUGAUGUUAGCUUCAAAGCACAGCAAUAUGACAGCUCAGUGGAAUCUCUUUUCAGCUUUUCAAGCUUAGAAGAGAGGCUUCUGAGCCUUUCAUCUCUUAGUAAGCACGCAGGCAAUAAUGAGGGUGUUGUUGCUAAUAUCACCUGUGCAGAUGACAAGCAGAGGAAGCUGGCAGAAAAUACACAGAAUGCAGAAAGAGACAAUCGUGCUUCCAUGGAGAAUUUUUCCACCUCCAAGAUGGAAACAGAUAUUCCCAAGCAGUCUUCAGAGACCUCUGAAAAGGAAGCAGAUGUACUGAGUUCCAGGGCCUUUGGCAUUGGCUUUUCUGAUUUCAGGGAGCACAUCAGCAAAAUAUUUGAGAAAACAGUUCAAAGUUCUCUGCGUCCAGAAAUAAACCACCCUUUGGAUGAAGACAUUGCUGAUGGCAAUGACAACCUUGUAGUUAAAGAAAUACCAGAAUUUAAACAAGUAUUGGAAACCAUAGAUGGAAGCACUGAAAAUGGAGAACCUGAAAGUGACCAGAAAAUGGAAGAAGGCGUGUCAGCUUUAAAGGCUAAGACUUCCAGUGGAGCUACUCAAGAGAAGGUAGCUCAGGAAGAAAACCUACUCCUGGCAAUCACUCAAGACUCUAGUGAUGAUCGUUUGCUUGGUGAAAACAUAAUUGUCAAAGAAUAUUCCUUAAGUGGCAUACCAUCUCUAACAACAUUGCCAAACUUAGACAGCUUAAAAAUAAACAAAAACAAGAUGAAGACUGAGCAAAGUGAAUUUAUUGGUCCAGUGAGCAGCGAUAAUGAUGGUAAUCUAGUAAGCCUGGAAACAGGAAAACUACAGCUUGCUAAUGGUUGUGGCCCAGGAACAGCAAAUCUACUAUCUUCUCCUGGUAAUAAACUGUCUAUAUUGGCUGCUGUUUCCUCAGACGUUGAACCAAAGAGUGAUUUUGCUAGUACUACUUCUGCAGAUGCAAAUAAUUUAAGUAGCCUGUGUAAUGCAGAACCAGGUUUGUUUGAAGAAGAGCUAAUACAUUAUGGAAACCUAUGCCACUACCUGAUGCCAAGUGAAGAACAGGAAAAUGAUGAGAGUGUUGUUGUUAAUUCAGGCAAGAUGUCACCAUUGCCAUUUCUUCUAGAUGUCCUUUGUGAACAUAAAGUACAAACAGAACAGUCUAGAACAUUGCCAGGUGAAAACGAGAACUCUGCUGGCUGUAAUCAUCUGGAUGAAAAUUUGCAAAAGGAUACAGGAUAUACUAUGCUGGAUUCCCUGGGAAAUACAAAAUGCCUGCCACUUUCUCAAGAGCAAGGACAGAGGACAGAAAUACAUGGCCUCAUAGAUUACUUUAAAAAUGAAGUAGGCCUUGAUGAUUGUUCCCCGGGUGACUGUAAACCAGAAUCUGGCAGCGUGCAUAAGGAGUGUGUAGAAGAAGCAAAUGACACUACAAUGAGCACAGCAGAAACAGAAAGGCAUGGCUUGGUUGAUACCCCUAAAACAGGUCUGACAGGGAUAUUAUUCACUGAUGACAGUGAUUCAGCUUUGCAACUCAGCAAUUGUGAUCAAGGGUCUGAUGCUGAAAAACAUUCCGAAACCAUUCACAGGAUGGAACAAAAUGCAUGUUUUAAGGAUACAGAGGUUAAUGCUGCUUCUGCAAAUCACCAUAGAGAAAUGGACUGGAUGCAAAAAAGUUCCCUUCAGAAUAUCCAGGAUAAAGAAUCAGCCACUUCACUACUUGAACUGAUGCAAAACCUUCCCACUGAACAUCCAGCUAUGGCUACUGAAGGAUUACCUGCUGAAAGCACUAUUCCUGAACUCUGUCACUCUUUCCUUGAUGCACCUGAGAAGGAUGUUAUAGUAGUAGCUGCCAAAGACCCCUCAGAUGAGGCGAGAGAUGCUGCCAGAGUAGAAAGUUAUUCAGUCCCUGAGGAUGUCAUAAAAUUGGUACCUGCUCUGGAUCAUUCUGAGGAGCCACUAACUUCUGAUGUCUCUGAUGGGCCUGUUGCUGCUCUGGAUUCUGUUGAACUGACUGCAUCAAGCAUUUCCAAGCCUGGUGGUUGCCAAGAGAUUGACCAAGCCGUCACAUCUUUCUCUGACCCAAGAUCUUUGACUUUGGAAUCAGUUACUGAUGUGGAACUACCUGCUCAAGAAAGCGGAAGGCUGACUGAGGAAGGAAAGAGGAGUUCAGAUUCUGAAGAAGCAUUUGAAACACCAGAAUCUACAACUCCCGUAAAGGCUGCACCUCCUGUGAUACAACCGCCACCAGAAGUUCCCACUUUUGACAUAGAAGAACAGGAAAUACGGCCUCAACUGCCAUCUGAGGAUACAGGCUUUUGUUCUGAUACAGUGUCAAUAACUGAAGUUUCACAUAGUGAAUCAAUAGAAGAAAGUGUAUUCCGUCCUCCUUCUCAUUCAUUUUCUACUGUUUUUGAUGAAGACAAGCCUAUUGCCAGCAGUGGGGCUUACAACUUGGACUUUGAUAACAUUGAAAUUGUAGAUUCUUUGCAACCUGUCGAUCCCAGCUCUCUGGACUCAAGAAGCUGUGACUCCAAGGCACAUGUCCGGAGGAAAUCCACAGAUUCUGUUCCAAUUUCUAGAUCUACUUUGUCUCGGUCCCUUAGCUUACAAGCUGGUGAUUUUGAUGGAGCGUCUUUUCUUGGUAAUAACGACACAGCAGGUUCAGCAACAGAUCCAUUUGGUACUGGUUCAAGCAGUGCUUCUAGUACUCUUAAGCGAACAAAGAAGCCUCGGCCAGCUUCCUUAAAGAAAAAGCAAUUGGCAAAAAAAUCCUUAGAAGUGCCACCAGUGAAAGAACCAGAACCCUCUGAAGUCAAGCAGGAAUCUACUGUCCCAAGAGGGGAACAGACACCUGGAGAGAGAGUGGAACCUGCUGAAACUGAAUGUGCUGAGACUUCCCAAAGUACUGCUGAGAAACAGGUGUCCCCUCCUGUUCUUGAAGCAGCAUAUCCUUUUGACCCCAAUAACUCUGAAGAAAUUAUUACAUUUGGCACUGGAGACAUCAAAGUACAGGACUCUCCUCCUGUUGGCAAGAAAGUUCUUGCUCUUUCAACUGCGCCAGAAGCUGUGGAGGUGACUCCUUCCGACACAGGGGGACGAGAAGAUCCACCAGUGAAAGGCUUAGCAGUUAGAUUGGAAUUUGAUUAUUCUGAAGAAAAAGGCAGUGGAGAAGAGCAACAAGAAAGUGUUUCUCUGCCCAAGAAAUUGGGCAAAAAGCCUGGCGCCAAAAUGCCACUCAGGAGGCCAAAGCCUAAAAAGCCUGUGGAAAAGCUUGACAAUGCCCCUGCCACUCCAACCAAGGCACCCAGUGAUACAAAUGACAUUCCUAUCCCCAAAGGCUCUUAUACUUUUGAUAUUGACAAGUGGGAUGACCCCAAUUUCAAUCCAUUUUCUUCCACUUCCAAAAUGCAAGAAUCUCCUAAACUGCCUCAACAAACUGCAGCUACAUACAGUUUCAGUCCAGAUAUGUGUGAGGACUCAAUUGACCCUUUUAAGCCUUCCUCAAAGGUAGCCAGUUCUCCCACAAAAUCUCCAGCCUCCUUUGAGAUACCAGCUAAUGCCAGUGACAUCAACGGAAUGGAAGGAGACUGCAUCAAUAAACCAGCAAAAAAGAAGAAGACGCCACUCAAGACUGAUACAUUUAGGGUGAAAAAGUCACCAAAAAGAUCUCCACUCUCUGAGCCACCUUCACAGGAGCCCAUGCCUCUGCCCACUGCUGAAACUCCCUCCAUUGUAUCUACUGUGGUUCAUGCAACAGAUGAGGAGAAACUUGCUUCUUCAGUAGGCAGUCAGAAGUGGACUUGUAUGACGGUGGACUUAGAUUCAGAUAAACAGGAUUAUCCUCAGCCAUCAGAUCUGUCAACUUUUGUAAAUGAAACAAAGUUCAGUUCCCCUACAGAAGAGCUGGAAUAUGGGAACUCAUAUGAAAUAGAAUAUAUGGAGAAGAUAGGCUCCUCUAUAAUACAGGAUGAUGAUGCUCAGACAAAGCAAUCUUUGUACCUCAUGUUUGAUGCACAGCAGGAGAGUCCAGUAAAGUCUCCUCCAGUCCGAUUAUCAGAUUCUACAACUCCUUGUUCUGGGUCAAGCUUUGAAGAAACAGAAGCCCAGGUGUCCUCUGGAAUAAAACUACAACAUCCAGCUUCACGAUCCCUGGCAUCUAGCCAAGAGACGCAAAUACAGUCACCUGACAAAUCAAAAGGAAAAGAAUUGGAGCCCAUGACCUUAGGAAUCAAUUCAAAUAGCAUUGACAUAACCCCACCUGAGGACUGCUUUCUUUCUGCUGAUGCUCUUCUCAAUAGGAUAUCUCAUCCACCUUCAGUAUGUGAUCAACUUCAGUAUCUAGAGCCUGACUUAGCUGAAAAGAAUCCCCCAAUAUUUGCUCAGAAACUUCAGGAGGAAUUAGAGUUUGCUGCAAUGAGGAUAGAAGCUCUGAAGCUAGCCAGGCAAAUUACUCUGUCUUCUUUCAGCUCCUUAGAUACUGAGAGAGAGCCUACAGUGUCAUCAGAUGUUUCCAUCUCUAAAAGUACACUGUACUCCCGGAUAAAUACCUCAGAGGCAGAAAGUACCUCCGGAUUGCUUUACCAGCAGCAAGACUUGGAUUCUGCGUUGAGAGUUGCCAGGGAAGAGGUAGUAACUAAGGAAAGAGAAGUAUCAGAAUGGAAAGAUAAAUAUGAAGAAAGCAGGAGGGAAGUAAUGGAAAUGAGGAAAAUUGUUUCAGAGUAUGAGAAGACGAUUGCACAGAUGAUUGAGGAUGAGCAGAGAGAAAAGUCUAUGUCCCAUCACACAGUUCAACAACUGGUUAUGGAAAAAGAACAAGCAUUAGCAGACCUGAAUUCUGUAGAAAAAUCUUUAGCAGAUCUCUUCAGAAGAUAUGAAAAAAUGAAAGAAGUUCUUGAAGGGUUUAGGAAGAAUGAAGAAGUAUUAAAGAAAUGUGCACAGGAAUACUUAUCACGAGUAAAAAAAGAGGAGCAGAGAUACCAGGCCCUGAAAAUCCAUGCAGAGGAAAAACUGGACAGAGCCAAUGCUGAAAUUGCACAAGUCCGCGGCAAGGCUCAGCAAGAACAAGCAGCUUACCAGGCCAGUCUCCGUAAAGAGCAGCUGAAAGUGGAUGCAUUGGAAAGAACACUGGAACAAAAGAAUAAAGAAAUAGAAGAAUUAACAAAGAUUUGUGAUGAACUGAUUGCCAAAAUGGGGAAAAGCUAACUUUUAACCAAAAUCAUGGAUUUCAACCUUGAGUGCAAUAUGACCAUUGGCACACCGAUGUCUGCAGAUGGAUGUGGACAGGAUGUAUUUUCACGUUUUUGUAUGCACUACUGUAUUUUUUCUUUUCUUAAAAAUAUUGAUUUGAUUGUAUGCAGUACUAAGAAGACUAUCAGAAUUCCUUGCUAUUGUUCACAAUUUUUUUCCUAGUAUAAUUCAUAGCAAGUUGAUCUUAAAAGUUCCUGUAUCAGGGAGAUUUGUCAAGGUCUUUAAUAAAUUACAAGUUACUCAUCCUAGCCUUCCCUUUGUACAUGAGUUCCCAUGUUGGAUGUCUUUUUUUGGAUUUAAUAUAAACGUGUAUUGCUUGCAUGGGGACUCUUGCCUUAAGGUGUGUAAAUUUGAUCUGCAUUUGCUGAUUUGUAAAAUAAAACAAAGACUUGAAAAAGUAA